AUGUCUCGACUCAGCCAGGUCCUCCUCCUAGCCGCUGCCCUGCCUUUGGUAUACGCUCAGACCAUUGUGGUUGACGAUGCAGUAAUCGAAGCCAACAAGUCCACAGUGGCCCCAGCCGCUGAGCCCGUUGUCGUUGCUGCUUCCACUGAUCUCUUGAAAGAGGAGAGCGUCCAGCUGACGGACGCCGUUCUGGCUAACCUCACGGACCUCUCCCUCUCCAACAUCUCCCUCUUUGACUUUGACACCACUGCCGCCGGGGAGAAGCGUUCUGGAACGGCCCGCACCUUCAACAAGUGCAAGACCUAUCCCGGGGACCUCCUCUGGCCGAACAAGGCAGUAUGGAGCGUCUUCAAUCUCCUUUCCGGAUUCGCCGUCACCGAGACAGUGCCUAUUGGCGCUUCUUGCUUUGAUGACUUUGGCAACUAUGACGCCACCCGUUGCGAGUACAUCACCAAUCAGUGGACUAAUUCUACGAUCCAGUAA